AUGGCUUACCCUCGUACCAGUAUCUCCGCCUUUGUCAGUCGCAGUCUACGCUCCGUCAUCUCCAGCCUGGGUAUGGAAAACGUCACUGACUUUGCUUACACCGACUCUGUGGUUUUCAUCCUUCGCCUUACAGAUCGAGACGCAGGAAAGGGUCUCUACAAAAGAUUUCAUGACCUGGCCUCCGACAACGCACAUAGAUACUCGUUCGGUGUCAUUUCACGGGACCCCGAAGAUGGCCCCUCAUCACUCGACUGUUUCAACAACUUGGAUGAUGUCACACUGUCGACAACAGACUUUUUCAGCCACAUCUUUUCGUUGGAUGACUUUCUUGCGUCCUGCGCUACUCGAUUGGUUACGGAGAUGACACACCGGAACAAAGCAGAACUCAUAGAGAGCGAGGUCAACGUACUCUAUUUCUUCGAUUUCAAUCUAGAUCGUCGCGAGCAAUUCGCUCUUCACAUCAAGGAGACCGCCAGAAAAUACGCUCAGCGUCUCAGAUUCGUUACGGUCGACCCGCCAGCAUUUCCUGCUGUGCCAUCACGAAUGGGGUUGGAGUGGAAGUUUCCCGCCAUCGCACUCCAGAACAAGGAUACUGGGCUCACGUACCACUCGGAACAGAGCGAGUCCAUUACACCUGGGUUUGUGGAGAACUUUCUUCGAUCUGUAGCCAGCGGGAAGAUCCAGCCAGCGACUCAAAAGUCCGUGAACGAUGAACCAACGGGCGAUGUAGAAACUAUUCCGGCAGAGAAAGGAGAUUACCGUCAGAGAGUCAUGCACGACGAGCUUUAA